GAGUAGCAGCAAAAGGUCGCCGUUUGAAUUGAGCUUCUUUUGCCUGUUUUUACUCUCAGCCGCAGCAGUCGAGAGGAAGAAGGGACUCAAGUUUUGGCUUGCAUGAAAACCGAAGAGAAGAGGGUGAGUAUCGAAGCCGAAGUCUUCACCGUAUCAGCCUUUCCAUUUUGAUGAUGUUGGAAUUGAAGCAGAGACAGAGAAGUGGGAAGAGACUGAAGCUGAAAAGGAAGGGGCUUUAAUCGAGAAUAAAUAGGAAGGGGGAAGACGAAAAAAAAAAGGAGAACAGGAAGAAAGAAGGGAAAAAACAGAGGAAUUUCCAGUAUCCUGGCCGGUCAAGCUUCUGUCUUGGCUUUAGGGGUGCAAUCUUGAUGACUGGCGUGCUCCUGUUGGCAGUCUGACGAUACAGUGGUUCAUGGUUUGGUUGAAACCAUAAACCAACGUUACUUUCUUUUCUCCCAAAAACCUAUGAGGAAGUAAAAUGCAGACUCUCAAAAAAUACUUAAUUUCCAACAAGCUUCACUUGAACUCCGAAAGCUCAUUUGGCUUUCUCUCUUCCCCUGCACUGUUAUCAAAUUCAAGCACAGAUUAUCUCAAGAUCAACUAUUUAAUCAGAUCUUGGAGUUUCUCAACAUCGAAGGUAAACUACUCUUCUAAUCAGUAUUCUUGCAAAAAAUCCGCUGAAAAUUCAAAAUCUGUGAUUCAGUUCCUUCAGAAGCUUGGGUUCUCUAAUACACAGAUGCAAUCCGCAGUCCGUGUUGCACCAAGAAUCUUACUCUCAGAUAUUGAUAGGACACUUAAGCCAAAGAUCCAGUUCUUUCAAGAAGAAGGAUUUGUAGGUUCUGAUCUUGCUGAGUUCAUUUCCAAGAAUUCUUCUGUCUUGAGUUUUAGUUUAAAUAGGAGACUGGCUCCUUGUGUUGAGAUUCUCAAGAAAGUUUUACUUAAUGAUAAAAGUAAUAAAGGCUUGAUUCCGGUUUUGAAGAGAUGCAGUUGGCUUGUUUGUGCACAUCCUGAAUUGGUUUUGUCGCGCAACAUUGCCUUUUUAAAUAGUUGUGGUAUUGUUGGAUCACAGCUGGCUUGGCUGUUGAGGAGGCAGCCCAGGCUCUUUGUUAGGCCAGAUUCUGUUGUUAGGGAUAAUGUUUCUCGUGCUUUGGAUAUGGGGUUUUCAGUUAACUCAAGGAUGCUCGUCUAUGCAGUAUAUACUAUUAGUUGCUUGAGUGAAAAAAGUUUGAAGAAAAAAUUUGAGUUGAUUAGAAGUUAUGGUUUUUCAGAGAAUGAAAGCAUGAUGAUGUUUAGAAAGGCUCCUCUUCUCCUCAUGGCCUCCGAGGAUAAAUUGAAGUUGGGAAUUGAAUUCUUCUUGAACAUAAUGGGGUUUAAGAAGGAACUGUUAAUUGGGAGACCUGCCUGCUUGAUGCACAGUUUGGAAGAUAGAAUCUUUCCUCGUUACAGGGUUUUGCAGGUUCUGAGGUCGAAAGAGUUUUUGAAAAGGAACAUGAGUUUUUUGGAGUUGGUGGCUUUGACAGAAGAGAAGUUCAUAGAGAAGUUUAUAUCGAGGUUCAAAGAUGAUGUGGAGGAAUUGUUGGUAGCUUACAAGUCUCAUCUUUUAGAUUCAUCUUCUUCUUCUGACGAGGAAGGCCCUUGUAAGGGUGAGUUUACAAAUAGUAGUUGAUCUUACUCAGUAUGCUCCUGAACGCAAUCUGCAUUCUUAUUCUGCUGAAAUGUCCCCUCCGAAACAAAUUUAAAGUUGAGUGGUUCGUAUCAGUUGUAUGCUUGUUAAUUUUAUGAUUUGUUAUUAAGGGUGAUUAAGCUGGUAUAUAUUGUUUAUAUGCAACAAUGCUGUAGGUAAUUUUUUUUGGUUGUUCCUGGGAGAUUUAACUGUCUUUUUUUCUUUUUGAAAUAAAGAGAGAUUAACUGUCUUGUACA